ACUUCAGUUGAAAAGCAGUCAUUCAAAUUUUUAUUUAGAUCUCGAAAGCAAAUGUUUGUUUUUCAGUUUUUGAAAAUUAUUUAACUAUCGUGUGUAUUGUAAUUAAAAAAAAUUCCAAAUUCGAAAAAAAGUACGAAAUGUUUGCGUCCGGCAGCAGAACGAAGAAUAUUAUUGUGCGCCAGUCCAUGACGCAUCGACAACUACCCCUUUUAGCCACAGCCGCACCAACAGCAACAAUGACACAACGAUCGGCGCGUCGCGUCAGCUCUACCGGUGAGGAAGCGCGCAUUGGCGCUACACUUAGCGGACGCCAGUUACGUUCAAAAUUCACAGAACGCAAGCCGACCUCUCUAUCGGCCACGACAACAGCCGCAACAGCACAGGCGCGCAAUCAAUUGCAGACAAGCAACGCGAGCAACAGCAAUCACCUGAAUCUAUACAAAACAAGCGCAGCAGCGGCUGCUGGCAAUGCACAAGGCGAUGGCCAAAAGGUAAUGCGCGGUAUACCGAGCAAUACAGCAGCGCGCGCGACCGCACGCCAACGCAGAGAGGCUGCAGCUAAAGGUAUCGAUAACACCGUAAAGAAAAUCGAUCUUAUGGAACAGAUUAUUAAAACGGAGAUCGGUAUACAAACCAAUGAACCGGAAAUACUUAAUCAUGAUCUGAUUAUUGGCGAUAUAAAGUUGUUGCCGCCAACGGCUGGUUUGGUAGCAGAGAUCGAACGUCAACGUAGUGAGAUGAAUAAGAAGCUUAUGUUGAAAGCACAACGCAAAUUUGAAGGGCAUUCGGAGAAGCAGGAGGAACAUUUGACCGAUUUGAAGGAGUUCCUUGAGAAAUCGGUAGUCACCAGACGUUUACGCAAGUCUAAACUCUCCAUCGAAGUGGAUAAGAAGCUUAUAAACUCUAUGGAUGAAAUACUAAACAAAGGCGUACCAAAAACUGAGUCCAUUACAGAUAUUAAGGGGCGUAUCAAGAAAAAGGAACAAGAAUUACUAACACUUUUCGAUACCGUCGAAAAUUUGCAAAUUUAAUGUACAUAUUUAACCAAUGCGUAUGUACACAGAGACUGUAUUUAAA